AUGGCUUUGGAAGAUAUCUGCGGCUUCAAAGACACCCCCGUGCAUCACGAGUGGUUUCCUGCAACUCAGUUUCAGAAAACAGCCUUAUCUAUUCAUAUGACUGACUAUUACAACUUUGGUUCUAGAACAUCAAAGACAUCAGGAAGCACUAAUGGGAUGCCACUGCAUUUCUUCAUACCAUCUCUGCCAAACUCUGCUCCUCUCAACCACAGACCUUUGCUCUCUCGUCCUCCAGCCAAGCAUUCAGCGACUGUCCGUCUGCCUUUUCCUCUCUCUCACGGGACAACUACCCUUGGAUUUAUCUUCCAAGGUGGGGUCAUUGCAGCUGCAGACACACGAGCCAGUGCUGGGGGUCUUGUUGCAUGCCCAGCUGUUCACAAGAUCACUCCUAUUCACUCCCAUUUAGUGGUCACCUCUUCUGGGAGUGGUGCAGACUGCAUGCUAUGGGAACGAAUUCUGAUCAGAGAAAUUAGACUCUACCAGCUACGGAACAGGCGUCGCCUUUCCAUACGUGGCACUGCUAAGCUCCUGUCAUUUAUGCUGCACCCCUUUAAGGGCACUAAUGUGUGUGUGGCCCUCACUUUGUGUGGCUGGGAUAAGGAAGUUGCCACAUCCCCAAACAAUGGCCCAAAGGUGAUAUAUGUCUGCAGCGAUGGAGCUCGGCUCCAAGGGGACGUAUUUUCUGUGGGUUCAGGCUCUCCUUAUGCUUACGGAGUCCUAGACAGAGAGCUGAGAUGGGGCUUGAGUAAGGAAGAAGCCAUCUCCUUAGCGAGAGAAGCAGUUUUCAGAGCCACUCACAGAGAUGCUUACUCAGGGAACAACGUGGACCUCUUCCACAUCACAGCUCAGGGAUGGACCCAAAGGGAGAGAGAGGACCUGAAAGAGGAGUAUUAUAGAGACAUGAAGAGGAAGGAGAAGAUAGUGAAGGAAAGAAAAAGACUGACUGAAUAA